AUGGCCCCCUAUUUGGAGUCCAAGCGCUCACUGCGCGUUUUCCUUCUCUUCUUGUCCAUCUACGUGCUGCUUCGAUCGGGCAAUUCCCUUUCCUUCAACAUAUCUCGCUUCGACCCGCAGGCCACAGACAUGGUCUAUGAAGGCGAUGCAAAGCCGAACGUCGGGACCAUUGACUUCACUAGCGCCACUUACUAUGGCCAUAUUGGCCGAGCAUUUUACGCAGAAAAGCUGCGGCUCUGGGACUCCGCCUCCAGGAGGCUCACUGACUUCUCCACUCGCUUCUCUUUCACCAUUGACACACAUAACCAGUCGGAGUACGGGUCUGGCUUGGCCUUCUUCCUUGCCCCGGUUGGGUUCCAAAUCCCGGUCAACUCGAUUGGUGGCUUCUUAGGCCUGUUCAACACCACGUACAGCGACUCGUCCUCGAACCAAAUCGUUGUGGUCGAGUUCGACACCUUUGCCAAUCCCGAAUGGGACCCUCCGUAUGAGCAUGUUGGGAUCAACAAUAACUCGAUUGCUUCGGCGGUGAACACCCCUUGGAAUGUCAGCUUUCACAGUGGUGACACUGCCGACGUGUGGAUUGCGUACAACUCUGCGACCAAGAACUUGAGUGUUUCUUGGUGCUACCAGACUACGCCAAACCCGCAUGAAAACACAAGUAUUUCGUAUCAGAUUGAUCUUACCACUGUCUUGCCCGAGGAGGUGAUGAUCGGUUUCUCAGCUGCGACUGGCUAUUACAUUGAACGUCACCAACUUGAAUCUUGGUCCUUCAGUUCGAACCUCGAAGUUGAGGAAAAGCAAGGAAAUGCAAGGACCAAGUUAAUUGUUGGCUUAGCAGUUCCGCUAGGAGUCCUACUCUGCAGCAUGGCGGCUAUAUUGGCAAUCCUUUGGAGGAGGAAGAGGAGGAGCGAGGGAUCGGAGAUGGCGAACUUGACGUCCAUAAAUGAUGAGCUUGAGAGAGGUGCAGGGCCACGGAGGUUUACGUAUGCGGAUCUCGUUUCUGCUACCAACAACUUUGCUGGGGAGAGGAAGCUGGGCGAAGGCGGGUUUGGGGCGGUCUACAGGGGAUAUCUGGUUGGCCUGGACGCAGCAGUUGCGGUGAAGCCGAUAUCAAGAGGUUCAAAACAAGGGAAGAAGGAGUUCAUCACCGAGGUGAAGGUGAUCAGCAGCCUGAGGCACAGAAAUUUGGUGCAACUUAUUGGUUGGUGCCACGAGGCGAAUGUGUUCCUGCUCGUCUACGAGUUCAUGCCGAACGGUAGCCUUGACAGGCACCUCUUCGGCAAGAGGAGCCCUCUAAGUUGGGCUGCCCGGUACAAGAUUUCGGUCGGGCUCGCCUCCGCACUGCUCUAUCUCCAUGAGGAGUGGGAGCAGUGCGUGGUGCGCAGGGACAUCAAGUCGAGCAACGUGAUGCUAGACUCGGGGUUCAACGUCAAGCUUGGAGACUUCGGGCUGGCCCGCCUCAUGGACCACGAGCUUGGGCCGCAGACAACUGGGGUAGCUGGCACGUUUGGAUACCUAGCCCCGGAGUAUGUGAGCACAGGGCGAGCGAGCAAGGAGUCCGAUGUGUAUAGCUUCGGGGUGGUUGUGCUUGAGAUUUCUACGGGGCGGAGGUCCGUUGAUCCAAUGGAGCGAUCGUCGCAGAUGAGUUUGGUGGAGUGGGUGUGGGACCUCUAUGGGAAAGGCCGGGUUGUUGAGGCUAUGGAUGAGACACUCCAAGUGGAUUUUGAUGAAAAACAAGUGGAGUGCUUGUUGGUCGUGGGCUUGUGGUGUGCUCAUCCCGAUCGGGGCUUGAGGCCCUCCAUAAGGCAAGCGCUUCAGGUCCUCAAUUUUGAAGCUACGGUGCCUGUUCUUCCUAAUAAGAUGCCGAUCGCAGUGUACCAUGUGCAGUUGCCGCCGUCUGUCAGCUCCGGCGAGCCUCCCAUCACCAAUAGUCUCCAAGAAGGUCGUUGA